GUUUAAAAAAUCUUUGGAUGGUGCAGGCUAGCAACCAGUACAGGAAGAACAACAAAUACAGGGUGUGAGCACAGGCAGCAAAGUCUCAUGUAAAAGAAUUUUCUCAGAUUUUAGAUUAGUAUUUAGACGAUUCUUCUUGUUUUUUGUUGUUUUUUUUGUGUUUUUUUCACUAGACACUUUAUAAAUCUUUAAUUUCAAAAAGCACUUCAGUUAUAACGUUACCUUUGGAACUGCUAAAACAUUUUGCAAGGAGACACCCUACUUUGAUUUUAAGUUCUAAUAACAGCUGAGGUUGUUGGGGCAGUGAAAAGCGCACAGGAAGUGGACUUAUGGUGGGGGACUGCCAUGAAAAAUGUCAAUCCUUUCCUUGCUGAGUCGGGGACAUGCACAAGUGGUCCAAACUUCUCAGAAAAAGAUAGUAAUUCAUUAUGAACCAGAGGAUUACUAUAAUUGGAGAUCCCGUCAAGAUUUUAACACCCAGCGGAUACUGACUCGUUGCCAUGGUUUACACAGCUAUUGGGAAGUGCCGCCACACAAAACCUUUAGUACCAGAAAGGGGGCCCUGGUCCUCUAUUCUGAGGAUUUAGCAUUACCUUGGUAUGGCGCCCCAAACAGGAGACACAAGAGAGGCCACAAAUACCUUAGGAAGAAGUUCAAACUUGAGUUGAGUACUCUUCGGGAUCUGACUGGAGCCAUUCUGGCCUACGGGAGGAGGAAACAGGAAGCUUACGAUGAUAACUACUGGAAGCCGUACUUACACUUCCUAACCGAAGAAGAAACACAAAAUGUAAGACAGAUCCGGCCUGGGUAUUCACCAAAGAGAUAUCUUGCUCGUCUUUUCCAAACAUGGGACCCAAACACAAUGUACAGACUACAGCAAGCAGGAAGCCUCAGAGACUCUGUGCACCUUCAACAUCUCACAACACAUGUACCAGAAAACACCAGGAGACAUCAAGAUCUGUCAUCUACUCCCUCAAAAUAUCAGUGCAGCCCUGUCUUCGCCUCUCUUCCCCUCCCUCAAUGGACCCAUCAAGAUGCCUUCACCAGUUCUGGUCGCUGUACACCUGUCCAAGAAGAGGCUGAAAAUGAGGAAGAAAGUCAUUAUAACGUGGAAAUCCAUAAAGAAUCCAUCAGGAACAUAGACUUACCCAUACCUUACAGUGGAAACCUGAGGAAGGUCAGUGCAGAACCAACGGCAGCAAGUGGAAGUGAGAAAUCACGGAAAAGGAAAGAGAGAUUUGAUGCUCAAAAGACAGAGUUUCCAGAGAGUCAGGGAUCUGAAGAGGUUAUCACAUCUGAUCCAAACGAACAUGUCACGGAUUAUUUUUGGAAAGAACAAAUUAUACCUACACAUGCUAAGUCCCGCACAACGUACUAUGGUGGGUCAUUUCAUGGAAGAAGAAGGUAUCAGUAUGGUAAACAAGACCUUAUAAAAGCACAUUAUGAGAAGGAACCUCCCCUCCCAGAAGGAGGAUUUUUACCCCCCAUUCCACAGUCUGUGGGACCAGAAGCAAAGGAUUCAAACACAAAGGUACAGGAACCUUUAAAGUUACCUCCUAUCUUGGAGGAAACCACACGGGUUCCGCGGCGUAAAAGGAGGUUGUGUGCCACUGAACCACCAAAGGAGCUUUUGGUUAUCCCCUUGCUUGUUCAGUUUGAGAACCAGAAAAUAAACCAAGAGGGAAAGGUUAAGCAAGGAGAAGCUGUUAAAGAAGAGGUUCUGAGUCAAGGUAACCGUGAAGAGGAACAUGUGGUACCAUCUCUCAUCAAUGAUGUACAGAUUCCCGUUGAAGAGGGAAGGUUUAAUGCACUGCAGAUGGAGAUUGACUGGAAUGUGGAUCCUCAAACAGAUGGAGAUAUUUUGCCCAUGCCUGAAGCCCCACCUGUAGGAUCACUGCCCCCGAUAAAUGGGAAAAAAGGACCCGGGAACCAGAGCAGCAUGGCAAAUUUAAAGGCAUCCAAUGCCAAUAGUGGCAACACAACACUGCCCUCCAAGACUAUGCCCACUGGCAUCAUUCGCGGUUCAAUUCCUGAAGAGCUCAAAGAAUGCUGCAAGGGCAGUUCUGUGGGCAGCCUGAUAAUGAGUCCUAAUGGCGAGAUUGUUUGCCUCUCGAUUUUGGGUACCACACGAGAAACAGAUAUUCCUGUCCGCUUUGACUUCAUUCCUGAGUUGGAUGAAGAAGAUUGCUCUCCACUGGAACCCACAGGUCAGGAUAAUGAACAAUGGCCUUACAAUCAGCAGAACUCAGAGCAAGCAACUGGUGGUUCCAACACACCAUCUUUGCAGCCGUCUACAAAUUCACAGGAGGAAGAAGAAAGCACACCUGAAUACAAUGAGACCGUAUCCGGUGAAACGCAGGAAAGCUCCCAGAUCCUUACCGUGCCUGCUCCACCCGAGGAUGAUGCAAAUUCCAACCUGCAGCUGUCAUCAGUUAAGUCUAAAAGGAGAAUUAAAAACAAGAGUGCUGUGAAGAGUGGGGAACGGGAAAUUAGAUCUCCGGAGCAAGUGCAAAAAACUAUGCCGGAUAUCGUUGUAAUUCCCUCUGGGGAUGCAAUCGCACCUUUGGAGACAGAUUUUUCAAAUACAGAAGAUUUUACAACCACAACAGAAGAGGAGGAAAGUAUCCCUCCAGAAACAUUACUGAGAUCAACACUGUCCCCAGAGAUAUACUCUCCAGGCAAUGAACUUGAUCAAUAUUCUAGAGUUAAAGAGCUGGAAACACACAGAGUGUCCCCUGAGACGGUACCACCUAGUGACAACCAACCAGAAGAGUCUACACCGACUGACACGUUACCAAGCAAAGGAAUUGAGAACCUUUCCCACGAGAAAAAAGAAACUAAUACAGAUACUCCAAGUACCAAAGAUGCUAUUCCGAGAAAACUAUCACUCGAUGAAAGUGAAUUUAAUGGCCAGGUAUUACCAAAGAAUCAUGAACAAUCAGAGGCAGCCCAAGACGAUAAGACUGCAGCUCCCCCUUCAGCAUCAGCAGAGUAUGACAAAAAACAAGAGGAGGUGAACGUAAAAGGUCCAAAGAAGCAACAGACUAAAAAACAGAAGACAUCAGAGGGAGCACAACCCAUCGGGAAAAGCUUGGAAAUAGAGAACAGAGUUCCUUCUGGAACUGAAGAGAAGCCUACUUUAAUUCAACCUAAAGAAGAGCUAGAAGUUAAGAUAAACACUGGUGACAUAGGUCUUACAGAGAACCAGCCGCUGACAGAGAAAGAGGAGAUUGCUGUACUACAAGAUAUUGCCAGCAGUACGAAGAAAGAGACAUCAAAAACGAAGGGAAAACGAAAAAACAAAAGUGAGAAGAUUCAAAAGCCAAAUAAAACUUCAGCUGAAGUGAUCAAUAAAAGUAAGCAGGGUGGUGCAUCCCAGCAAGGAAAAGCAGCAUUUGUUGUAGGACAACCCAAAGAAAAGAAAAUAGAUGGAGGAGCUUAUUCUCCAAAUAAAACCUCAAGGGAGGUACAACGACAAGACACUGUUCAUGAAACACACGACCUGAUCCAACAAGAAAAAGAAGAAGUAAUGGAGGAAGUGGAAAUAGAACGAGAUGAUAGUAAUGAAGAUUCCUUCUCAGUGGGAAGUCAGGAGAGAAAAUCCACAUCCAUGUCAUACAAUGAGGUUCAUUCUGGCUCAGAGGAAGACACAAUGCCAAAGGUUUCUAGUCAUGAAGCAGAGCAGCCAGUUGAUAAACCAGUGGACGACGUUCUUGAAGUGCCUUCAACUCAAACACACAUCCAUGAAUAUGCCACAAGUGAGAACUCGGGGGGCACUAGUGCUUCUUUACAAAAGCGGAGGUCAUCAAGAGUCCUCGAACUGUCUGAGAAAGCAGAGAGAAGGAGAAUAGAGAUUGAAAAGAAGAGGAAAGAGAAGGAAGAGCAGUUACGGCUCGAGAAAGAGCAACAGGAGAGGAUGGAGAAAAUGAGACUGGAGCUAGAACAAGAACAGCAGAGGCGGUCAGAAGAAAAUCGACAAAAGAAGCAACAGCAGGAAGAGGAGAAGAAAUGUCUAGAGCAGGAGGCGAUCCGGAGGAAACAACUGGAGCAGCAAGCUCUGGAGAGGGCACGUCAGCAGCAAGAAGAGUAUCGCAAGAAGCUUCAAGAAAUCCAGAGGAGGAAACAGCUAGAAGAGCUUGAGAGAAUAGAAUUAGAACGUCAGAGGCAGAGAGACAAGGAGCUCAUGGAAGCUGAGGAGCGCAUGAGGAUGCUGGAAAUGGCAGCAGAUGAACGGGAAGAAUACAAAAGGAUGAAACAAGAAAAAGAAGAGCAACAAAGGCGGGAGGCAGAGGAGAGGAGACUUAGAGCAGAAGACGAAACCAAAGCUGUCAUGCAGGAAGCUCGGAGGCAGGCCCAACUAUUGGCAAAACAGACAGCAGAAUUGGAACAACAGCUACAGUUUAGUCGUGGACUAUUGCAGGAAUCUCUUGGCAUGGACCAGACGCAGGCUAUUUCACGACCAUGGGUGUUCUCAUACUUUGAGUUCCUGGAGCUCCUGGGCCUACCACUCCCUGUAAAAGAGGAGGAGGAAUAAAAAAAACAAAAAACCGCCCACAUACUUCCUGCAGGACUGUUACAACCAAAUCACAUUUUUAGCCUGACCUGCUCAUUGUACACAAAUACACUGGUUUUAUUAUAACAAAUAAUAAAAU